AUGGAUUACAGCCAGUUCUAUUUGCCAAAACCCGACCCGAUAUUCAACAGUUUACCCACUGAGACCCUUUUUGUCAUAAUCGACUAUCUCGCCCUGCAGCACGAAAUUGAAAAAGUGAGUAGGGAUCUACUCGCCCUGUCGCGGGCGUCUCGCCGUUUGGGGGAAAUCACGACCCCUUUUAUCUUCACACACAACGUGAAGAACAAGGGCGGCAGUGCGCUUGGACGGGCAGCUUGGCUUCAAGACCGAAAGGCCAUGGAAAAGUUGAUACGCCUUGGAGCAAGCAUAUCCUCAGACAUAGCUGGUUAUCCACUGUCUAUGGCCAUCAAGAGGGGAGAUGCCAAUACGUUGAAAUUUCUGCUGGCGUUAUCUACUGCAGAUGAAGCGAAAAACGCGCUUUGGCAAGGAGUAAAUCUUACUCGAGAUACUGUUUUGCAUCAGGCAAUCUUUUAUGCCGAUGUGCCAUGUAUUAAAGUACUCAUGGAAGCAGGUGCCGAUCCCACUUUUAGGAACACCAAGUAUCGGCAGGCGAUCGAAUUGAUACUAAAAAGUCCAAGAGAGGAUCUUGUGGGUGGCUAUACUGAGAUUGUAAAUUUCCUGCUCGCCAAGAACUCUUCUUGGCUUAUCACUCUUCCAAGUUGUGGCAUUCCUGUGGGCAUUAAACAUAAGACUUGUCUUGCCAAAGCAGCAGAGCGAGGUUUAACAGAAAUCAUGAAAAGUAUCAUAGAUAGUAAUGUCGCAGCCGGCAACGAUUUGGAGGUCAAUGCAGCAGUUUCAUACGAAGACAAGGUUGGAAGAACACCUCUGACUCUUAUCUGCGAUGCAUCCAAAUGGCCAUCCGACCAGAAGGAAUGUGAUGAAUACCUUGUCGUAGUCAAGCUGCUGCUACGCCAUGGAUCUGAUCCCUAUGCUGCUCUAAGUUGGAGCUGCGGCAGUCCGAUUUCACUCGCUGACGAAGACCAGCCAAAAUGGCAUAUGAUUCGUCUUCAGCGUGAUGUAGUCCGUGUGCUGAUUGAGCAAAGGGAUAUCAUAGUAAGACGACUCGGACGGCCUCGACACGAACAGCUCUCCUACUUUAAUGCUUUGGAGAAAUUCUUGAGGACUGUUGGAUUUUACCUUCGCAAUACGUUGAAGACAACAGAGCUCGCCCGCCCGGUAGGGCUUGGGAAUUUUGGUAUGCCUACUUCCCGCGCAGCUCUGCUAUCAGAAGUUGAACGUCUGACAACUCCUUGCUCGGAUUGGAAAUGUGAGAGCAGUCAAAUCUUCGAGGCCCUGCGCGAGGUAUUUCAACUACUUGUGAAAAACGUGGGAGAUCGAGUGAACACAGUUUGCGGCACAGCACAGUCGACGCUGUUACAAUUCCCGGGACUUUUGGGGUGUUUGCCACUGCUAUUUUGCUUGAUCAAGGGGCUAAUGUGUACAAAGAAGACAUACUUGGGAGGAAUCCACUAG